GACGCGGGGCAGACAGGGGGCUAGCGCUGAAUGAGAAAGAGCUGGAAAACGGAGCCAGCGGGAGAGGGGAGAGACGGAGAGACACCAAGAGACAUACACAGAGAGCAGGAGACAUGUCCGGCAACGGGAUGGAGCAGCGAGCCCUUAAAUACGAGCAGACCUUGAUGUAUGGUCGAUACACUCAGGACCUUGGAGUAUACGCCAAAGAGGAGGCUGCCCGGAUCCGUCUAGAAAAGGACCUGCGCAAACCAAGCCUAGAGGACAAACCGCGAGGGGCAGAGCUGAGAGAAUAUGAUGAAAGUCGAUGUGCCAAAUGCAGAAUCUGCUGUGUGCACUCUCAGCGGCUUCUGCUGUCUCGUGUUGGGGAGGACUGGAUAUUCCUCAUUCUCCUGGGCUUGCUGAUGGCACUAGUGAGCUGGGCCAUGGACUUCACAAUCGCUGUUUGCCUCCAAGCUCACAAGUGGAUGUAUGGUGGCUUGGAAAAUAAUGUUUUCUUGCAGUACUUGGCCUGGAUCACAUAUCCUGUCGUGUUGAUAACAUUCUCUGCCGGGUUUACACAGAUACUUGCUCCGCAGGCUGUAGGUUCUGGUAUUCCAGAAAUGAAGACUAUCCUUCGUGGGGUGGUGCUGAAAGAAUACCUCACUAUAAAAACAUUCAUUGCCAAAGUGAUCGGGCUGACCUGUGCCCUUGGCAGUGGGAUGCCACUGGGCAAGGAGGGCCCAUUUGUUCACAUUGCCAGUUUGUGUGCUUCCUUGCUUAGCAAGUUCAUGUCUCUGUUUGGAGGAAUAUAUGAGAAUGAAUCGCGUAACAUUGAGAUGUUGGCUGCAGCCUGCGCUGUAGGAGUUGGAUGCUGCUUUGCUGCUCCCAUCGGAGGUGUCCUGUUCAGCAUUGAAGUCACCUCUACGUUUUUUGCUGUAAGAAAUUACUGGCGUGGCUUCUUUGCUGCCACAUUUAGUGCGUUCAUAUUUCGAGUUCUCGCCGUGUGGAACAAAGAUGAGGAGACAAUCACUGCACUAUUUAAAACUCGCUUUCGUCUCGACUUCCCAUUCGACCUGCAGGAACUCCCGGCUUUUGCUGUGAUUGGGAUUGCCAGUGGAUUUGGCGGUGCUUUGUUUGUGUAUCUCAAUCGGAAGAUUGUUGAGUUCAUGAGGAAACAGAAGACAAUCAACAAAUUUCUAAUGAAAAAGCGUCUGCUGUAUCCUGCUCUGGUCACGCUGCUUAUAUCGUCCCUUACAUUCCCACCAGGAUUUGGACAAUUCAUGGCUGGACAGCUAACACAGAAGGAGACACUGGUAACACUUUUUGAUAACUGCACAUGGGCUCAGCAGGGCAUCUCUGAGGACUUUACGUACAAGGGUUUCACCAGCGCCUGGAAACACCCGAAAACCAAUGUCUUUGUCACUCUGGUCGUAUUCAUUGUUAUGAAGUUUUGGAUGUCAGCUCUGGCGACUACGAUUCCUGUACCGUGUGGCGCAUUCAUGCCUGUCUUUGUGAUUGGUGCUGCGUUUGGCAGGUUGGUUGGCGAGAGUAUGGCAGUAUGGUUUCCAGAUGGUAUUCAUACUGAUGGAAGCACAUACAGGAUUGUACCUGGGGGUUAUGCGGUUGUUGGUGCUGCUGCUCUUUCUGGAGCGGUGACACACACAGUGUCUACAGCUGUCAUUGUAUUCGAGCUUACAGGGCAGAUCUCUCACAUUUUGCCCGUCAUGAUCGCUGUCAUCUUGGCAAAUGCGGUGGCUCAGAGCCUGCAGCCAUCACUCUAUGACAGUAUUAUUCGUAUAAAAAAAUUGCCGUACUUGCCAGAACUAGGCUGGGGACAUCAAGAGAGGUAUAAUGUGCGGGUUGAGGACAUAAUGCUUAGAAAUGUCCCCUUUGUCACUCUGAAUUCAAAGUACCGGGAUCUUCAAGAGCUGUUAUCAAACUGUCGGUUAAAAAGCCUGGCUCUGGUGGAGACUGCGGAGUCCAUGAUCUUGUUGGGCUCCAUUGACCGCUCUCAGCUGAUGGCUCUGCUGCGGUUUCAGCUCAGCACAAAACGGCGCCUGCAGCAACUUUGUGACAUAGAACACGGGGGAAAGAAACCAUCUGAGAGCACUGUGCGAUUUCAGAUAGCAACAGAGCAGACCACAUUUUCACCAUCUCGGGGGGAGAGUCGAAAACCUCUAAAGCCAGCUCUUAAGCGAAACACCAGUAGCAUGUCUGGCCAACAACCAGAUGAUUCAGAAAACUCUGUGAAUGCCUUGAAGAGCAUCUUCUGUGCCAGAGAUUUCAGCGAUCAGAUAGAGUCUCCUGUGAAUCCCGAGUCUCCCACAAAAUUAAAAUCCAAACGACCACAUCUUGGCAUGGGGGGCGAAGACAUGGAAGAGAUGGACACCAUGACUCAGUCACAGAUUUUAGAAUGGGAGGAAGUUCAACUAGAUGAACCAAUCAAUUUCAACAACUGCAAAAUAGACCCGGCACCCUUCCAGCUGGUGGAAAGAACCUCUCUUCACAAGGCACACACAGUUUUCUCCUUACUUGGGAUGGACCAUGCGUAUGUGACCAGCAUAGGACGCCUUAUUGGAAUGGUGACACUGAGAGAGCUCCGUAAGGCCAUUGAGGGUUCAGUGACUGUCAAAGGAGCAAAGGUGCGCCCUCCUCUUGCAAGCUUCAGAGACAGCGUAACCAGUAGCAGCGAGACAGAGACCACUAAUAUCACCAAACUGUGGGAGAGGAGUCGUCGUCAUCUCCUUCCUCGUGAAUCCAGUCCAUCUGACAGUGAUGAUAAAUGACAGAGUGUCUUUCAUAUCCCCUUGAUCUCAACCUCAUUCACCACCCUGCCACAUUGAGGAUGAUGAUGUGAUAUGACCUUCUUGCUCCUCUGUGUCACAAAGUGUCUUCCACUUGGAGCACAGGAGGGAUGCAAUAGUUUGGUUACCAUUACUUGAUCUACCUUCUAGAGUGCUAUAUUGCUUCCCACCGAGGUGAACUCCAAGCUUGUGAUGACCAGAGGAAUUUAGCACUAGAUGGGGCAUUACUAUCUCGUGAACAAUGUGACAUAACAGAAGAAGGUCUGCCAUAAAUCCGUUUCCACACUCCCUACAAUACAGCUAUUUGAAUGGGGAAAGCAUAACGACUGCAACUAAUUUUUUUUAUAGUGAUUAAUAAAAUAAUUGAAUGCAUUGCAUUGCACUGUCAAGCAGCCUUGGUGGUAUGAAGAUGGAAGAACCCCACCACUGCCUCAGCGACAUAGGAAGAUUAUGUGUUGUCGACACUGCAGGGGUAAAAAGGAGCCUCUGUAUACUGAGAUGGGAAAGCCAUGCAAGAAGAGUGGCAUAUUCUAUCAAUGCUAUGGAUCAGUCAUGUCCUCGUGAAUAUGGGGACACAAAGGGACCUGCCACUUGACUCCGGAGCAUGCAAGAUCUGCCAUGUGUAUGUGAAUCAUAGUGACUGUAAUAUAGACGUGGCAAAUCUCCAAGUCUGUGACCUCACCUGUCCUGGGGUAAAACUGAUGUCUGAAACCAGGUGGCUAAAAACACAAAAGCACACGUCACCUUAGAAAUGAAAAUUUAACCUACAAAUGCUUUUGGGACUUGAGGCAUUUAAGAAUUUCAUGUAUUUUGCAUUAAUGCACAUUUUAAUUAAACAGAAUAUAAACAA